CUCGGGGUAGUGUUGAAGCCUUCUAAAGUCCUAAUUCAUGAGGAGUGAUCGGUAAAAAAAAGACCAAACACAUGCCGAUAAUUGAUGUGAGCAUUUGAAGAUUACGAUUCGUCGGGUAUUUUGAAUUAUUGUGGCAAUAAAGCAUGGCAAACAGGUGAAGUAGGACCUUAGAGUCAACUAGUUAACCUAGCCUCACUUAGCUAACAAUGAUGACUUCACGCUGUCAGAGAGGUGUUUGUAAUUAUGCAGCUUUUACUGUGAAUGAACUCUUCGUUGUCCUGACAUAGGUUGCACAGUUUACAACAAUAAAAAAAGGAAACAAACAUUUGAGCCAUGCCUCUAUCCGACUUUUUAGCUGCAUUGAAGGACAACCCUUACUUUGGGGCUGGCUUUGGGCUUGUGGGUGUAGGCACAGCGCUUGCAGCCGCUAGGAAGGGGGCACAGUUCGGCAUGAUCUUUUUUAGGAGGAACUACAUGAUCACCUUAGAGGUACCUAGCAAGGACAAGAGUUACCACUGGCUAUUGAGUUGGAUCACCAAGCAUGCCAGGCACACACAGCACCUCAGUGUUGAGACUUCAUACCUGCAACAUGAAAGUGGACGGGUACACACACAGUUCGAGUUCCACCCCAGUCCAGGCAACCACAUCAUCUGGUAUGGGAAAAAGUGGAUUAGAGUUGAGAGGACGAGGGAGAAACAAAUGGUGGAUCUCCAAACAGGAACCCCAUGGGAGUCUGUGACGUUCACAGCACUUGGGAGGGACAGGCAGUUGUUCGUUAAUAUUCUUCAGGAAGCGCGAGAACUGGCCUUGAAGCAGGAGGAGGGCCGGACAGUGAUGUAUACUGCGCUGGGGGCUGAGUGGCGGCCCUUUGGAUUUCCACGGCGCCGGCGGCCUCUGUCUUCAGUGGUGUUAGAGAGUGGGGUUGAGGAGAGAAUUGUGGACGAUGUGAAGGAAUUCAUCAGCAACCCAAAAUGGUACACAGACAGAGGAAUACCAUACAGGAGAGGAUAUCUGCUCUAUGGCCCUCCAGGGUGUGGAAAGAGCAGCUUCAUCACGGCCCUGGCAGGAGAGCUGGGCUACAGUAUCUGCCUGAUGAGCCUGAGUGACCGCAGUCUGUCUGACGACCGGCUCAACCACCUGCUCACCGUGGCUCCACAGCAGAGCAUCAUUCUGCUGGAGGACGUAGAUGCUGCUUUCGUCAGCCGGGAGCUGCUUCCCACUGAGAAUCCAAUGGCUUAUCAAGGCAUGGGAAGGCUGACAUUCAGUGGACUUCUGAAUGCCUUGGAUGGGGUGGCUUCCUCUGAAGCAAGAAUAGUAUUCAUGACUACCAAUUUUAUUGACAGGCUUGAUCCUGCUCUGAUCCGUCCUGGUCGGGUGGACCUAAAACAGUACGUGGGCAACUGCACCCACUGGCAGCUCACGCAGAUGUUCCGUCGGUUCUACCCUGCGGAGUCUGCGUCGGAAGCAGAGAGGUUCGCGGAGCGUGCUCUCGCCGCGUACACAGAGAUCAGCGCUGCACAAGUGCAGGGACACUUUAUGCUCUACAAACAGGACGCCACUGGCUCCAUCGACAACGUGGCCAGAAUCAAGGAGUGAGCACUCAUGGGAAUUACAAGGAAAGUGGUCAAUGAGGAGGGGAAAACUGUCAUUUGGGAUCCUCUUUGAGAAAUUCUCACCAUUCUUCAAUGACUUUUGGGACAACAUGAGAAAUUAUAAUAUUAUAUUGUGGGGUGAACAAGGGACAUACAAAAAGGCAUCUGCAAAAUCUGAAUAAAUGCUUUGAAUGAAA